CUCGACGCCGCUCCCAGGGAACCCAGGGCCGCACGUAUACGCAUAUGCCAGCCCUCCCCGCCCUCGCGUUGUUCUCCGUGGCCACUCCCGUCAUGCGGCCGACGCCUCCGCUGCGUCCGUGCACCGUCGUCGUCGCGGGCGCCAACGGCCGGGUCGGUUCGAUGGUGUGCCGCCAGCUCCUCCGCACGCAAGAAAAGGUGACAGUCCGCGCCCUGGUCCGCUCGGCCGACCGCGUGGAGGAUUACGCGCGGCUGUCGUACGAGGUCGGCGCGGAGGACGCCCGCUACGCACUCCGGCCGGCGUGGGCCCUUGCGCCCGAGGAGGACGGCGGCGGCUUCUCGUUCGAGACGCAGUCGCAGUUUGACGAGACGGUGCAGAGUGGGUACGGGCUGGACCGGCUGGAGCUGGUGCCGUGCGAGCUGCGCCACGAGCCCGACUUGCGCGCGGCGCUGCGAGGAGCGGUCGCUCUCGUCUGGUGCGCGUCCGAGUUUGAGCCGCUUACGCGGCGGCGGCUGCCGGGCAGGCUGGCUGACGCCGCGAGCUCGAUCGGGCGGUUCGGCGCGGACCUGUUUGAGCUGCGGCUGCCCGGCUUUGGGCGCGGGCAGAGCGGGCGUGGCGAGGGGGGGCGUGACGAGGCGGCGGAGGCAGAGGACGAGGAGGCGCGCGUCGCGCGCGCGUCGUCGGUCAGCGCUUUUGAGGGCGCGAUCGACGACGACGGCGUGGCGCUGGCCGCGGCGACGGUCGCUGACGAGAUUGGACGCCGCGCUCGCAUCGCCGCCCUCACCGGAGGAGGCGCCGGCGGCCCGGCGGCGGGCGAGGGCACGCCGACCCCGUUUGUGCUGGCGUCGGGGUCGGCGGCGCUCGGGUACGACGUCGCGGGCGACGAGCUGCAGGAGAAUGAGUUUGGCUUCCGCAAGCGGCGAGGCGAGGCGUCCGCGCGCGCCGCGCUGCGGAGGGCGGGCGUGGCCUUCUCCGUCGUGCGCUCCGCCGCCAUCGACGCGUCCGCGCCCGGCAUGCUGCUCGGCGAGGGCUUGCCCCUCUGCUGGGCCGCUGCGGACGUCGCCGAGGAGGACGGCGAGCUCGCCGAGGAGGGCGCCGCGGGGCGCAGGCAGGAGGAGCUGCGCGGCAGCCUGAUCGCUCCGCGCGACCUAGCGGCCGCGCUGGUCGAGGCGCUGGCGGGCGGCGCGCCGGAGGAGGGCGCUGAGACGAGGGAGGUCUGGACGCAGACGGGCAAGGAGCGCGCGGCGGCGAAGGAGCGCGCCCUCUCCGGGUCCGCGUGAGAGCAAGGGCGGCGGCGCCAAGGAGGGCGGAGCGGGAGGCGAGGCGCGUCCGCGCUCGUGAAUGUGUGCCGGGACUGGAGAGAAGACAGUGAGAGUCGUGAUUUUUUGUUGGUUUUGUCUGAGUCUGUCCUCGCAACAUCGAGGAAAUGGGGCU